CCUCCCGCCCCGGGCUCCCGCGGACACGGCCGGGGACGGAGCCAAGGUAUGAGUGUCUAUCUAGAAUGUCCAGGCAUGCACAACAGCUUAGAGACCAUGAUAUAAAUCCAUGUGUAGCGGAAACAGAUGCCUCUAGAAAAUGUAUGGAUGACAACAACUAUAACAAGGAUAUGUGUGCUGCUUAUUUUUUGAAGUACAAAAGCUGCAGAAAAUUCUGGCAUGACAUUAUGAUGCAAAGGAGAAGAAACGGUGUGAAACCAGAGAUGCCCUCAGCAGAAGAGAGAAAGAAAAUGUUGGAAUCAAUGGGGAAGCCCUACUGACUAGAAACUUGCAUUGAUUGACUGUUUUCACUGUAAAUCUGAAGACUUACCAGCAGCAAAUUGCCCUUUUAUGAACUGGACUUUACAGUUGCCAUAUAUUGGAUUAAAAUAAGCUCUUAAACUUUGAAAUGUGUGAGCUUUCUAGGCUAGAACUUCUUGGUUUUAUUCAUAUUCCCUGUUAUGAGAACUUGGCCUUUCACUGGAAGACAUGAGUAUCAACACAACUUAUGUCUAGACACUUUGGAAGUAGAAACUAACUUGCUGUGAAAUGCUAAAUAUAAAAUUAAUGGGACUCACAGAAAGUCUGUUUGAAAAGAGGGGGCUGGUGAGUGCUGCAGUGUAGUUCUAAGGAUGGAGCAGGUUGAGAGACUGGUAUGUGCAACAUGUUUCCUGUAUCCAGCUAUUCUGCCUAAUAGUAUGGAUUUACCAUGUGUGAUCUUACUAUUUUCACGUGAGUUGUAUUGUGUCCCUGGUUUAAAUAAGACUGUUCAUGAACUAAAAUCCCAAAUCCAAUAAGCUUGUUGUUACGUCUGCCACUGCACUCAUCAGUGACAGCAGAAGCUUGCAAUAGAUCAGAUCCUCAAGCUUUGCUUGUUACAAGGUUAGAGAGGUUGAUGAAGAUAGAACUGAACUCCUC